AUGCCGGCGCAUAAAGGAAUCAAGUUGCAUAUUAUUUCGCAAUGGGAGUUGAAAAUGCAUCCAGAAUUUCCGCAUCCAGAAAGUACUCAAUUCACAUUUCGAUCACCAAAAUUGGACAGAGAAGCUUUCGAAGGUCAUGGACACUCACCCGCUACUAAAGCUAACGACAGCAAGGCCGAUCGUUUACUUGGUAGACAAUCCUCAAUCAUUUCGGUCUAUAUUCCAUCAGCAUCAGGAUCUCGAUUUUUUGUACGUUACAACGUCUGCGACGCGGCGGAUCAGAGUCAAUGGUUUUACUUCAAAUUAUACAUGAAUGGUCGACAUAUUACAUCUUGGGGAACAAAUUCGAAGACACGACCGACCGGCCAAGUUAUGAAAGCCUUAUUCGAGCCAGGUGCAGAAUGGGAUUACAAGGAGGGCAAAACAACUUACAAAAAUCCUGGCACGGAAUUUAGACCAUUUUUCUUUCGUCAGGAAGAUGGAUGUCGUGGUGCCGCGGAUGAUGGUGGUUUGAUUGAAAUCAAGGUUUUUCGUGCCCGCGGUCGCAAGAGGAGAAACCCUAAACUGGAACAAUAUAAAGAUCAGUCAAAAUAUGGUGUUGUUAUGCCAAACCAUGGACUUGUAGAGAAACCGCAAGAUGCGAGAUACUACGAUUGGCAUCUCAAGGAUGCCAAGGAUAAUCCAUUUGCCACAUUCAAAUUCCACUACAGGAGCUGGGAGAGUCUGCAGGUAUUGCAUCUUAUACCUGCCGACCACCCUAGAAUUCUUCAAGCCCAAGUUCCAAGCAUGGCUAGAUACCUAAUGGUCCCGAGUGAGAGUAUGCCGCUAUUGGAUCAUACGACUAAAUCGCCACAUACUCCAACGAAGUAUUUGGGCAAGGUGUACACAAGUGAUCAGGUACACGAUUCUCUACAAAUUGCAUAUCCUCCGCUCCACCAUAGUGGUAGUCCAUAUUCCCCUGAUCAAAGACGACCUUGGAUGUCACGAGCCUUUGAUAUAAAACCAUUAACACUAUCGUUGACGGCCAAGAAAGACCAUAGAGAUGCAUUUAUUGUACCCACGGACCCUGCCAUUGAACCUGAUCCUUUUUAUACCUCAGUACCGAAGGAUAAGGAAAUUGAGAGAAGAAUUAUGCCAAUGUCGGUAUUCACUGCGCUAUCCAUCGAUGGGGCUGGAUCAACAUCGUCGCAUGAAUGGUUGGCUACCAAUUACAAAAAUAGACCUUUACCAGAGAUACCAAGUAGAAAUUCAUCAGCGGCAUCUCGUGCAUCAGCAACAUCUCGCGCACCAUCUGUUACCCCUUCAUUGCUUUCAUAUAUUGACAGAGACCAGUCAUCUCCAGAGCCAAUUAUCGGAACCGCAAUUGCUGUCUCUAUUGACUCGGAUAUUUCUGAAAUAUCUAUAGCAUACGAAGAAGACAUCGAAGGCCAUUUUGAACAAGAUCAUGACUUUGAGGGUGUGUCAGCUUUAUCACCGCCCCCAACUAGAACUGAUUCCAAGAGACAAGGAAUUAUCUCAUCAUCGCCAAUCCAAACUUCUUUCCCUCUAUCAAAUGUCACCAACCGCAAACCAAAACACUCGUCAGGUAAGCCCUCGCCAUUCAAAAUCCCACCAGGAAAGGAAUCCGCGAUCCAAGGUGUGAACGAAAAAUCAUAUACGAGCAUCAUGAGUGAUGAAAACUCAGUCACUCUUUCUCUUACAGAAUCUGAAUGGAUGCGUCGUACUCCAUCUCCCGCCAAAGAGACUCUUAUCGAAAAACUAUGUAUUCCAGAGAAAAGAGCGAAACUGAAACAUAGACUUCUUUCCCCAGAAAGAAUGGCGGAAAUGAUGGAAUUAAGUAUGACGGAGGAUGAUGAAACUGGUCAAAAUGAUGGAGAUCUGAAGUCAUGGGAUAAGGAUAGGGGUUUAGAUGGAGGUGCAAUAGAGCUGGUGGCUUUGCAUCGGCAUUAUCAUCAGCAGAGCCAGCAGAGCGACCAAAGCGGAGCCGAAGGAGGAGACGUCGGAAAUACUUUUGAUGAUUAUGAGGUUAAUGCUAUGAAUAUGAGGGAGGGAAAUAUAAAUGUUCGAUUGCCAUUCAGAAACCACAUUAAGUUGAGCAUCAUAAAUGAGAACGAGAAUGAGAACGACAAAAGCCACGAGGAUGGGAAAUGCAUCAAGGAUCAAAACCAAACCACCCUGGAAUGGCAACACUAG